AUGGAUUAAGAUCGAAAUGGUCAAAUUAGUUAUAAUGAAAUGUUAAAUUAUUUGAGAACUGCAAAAACAGAAGAGGAAAAAUAUCAAAAGUUACAAUUUAUAUAAUAGAGAACUGAAUAACUGAAAACUAUGUAGGAGACCGAUGUGACUCUCCAAAAGGCCAAAUAAGAAAAUUAAGGAUAGACAUUAGAGGAUAGAUUGAAAAUGAAAAUAAACAUUUUGGAAAUGAGGGAAAAAAAUGCCUAAUUAAAGUGUGAUGUGCUACUCAAUUAAUUAACCAACACAGAAUUGACACUUAAAGAGACAACUAAAACUUUAUUUGAACUCCAAAAUUAAAUGGAGAGAUCUAAUGAUACUUUCUAUAGAGAUAGAGAGGAGAAACUAAUGUUGUUGGAAAAGUUAAAGGGAGCAUUAUCCAGAGAAGAAAGUGAUAAAUUGACUAAACAGAUUGAAUAACAGAGGUUAACCAUUUCUGAUUAAAACAGUGCAAUUACAACUUACAGGUAAUUGUAUGACACAGCAGUCAUGUAAACUAAAAGUAUGAAAUUAACUAUUGAAAAAAUCAAAAAUGAUUCUGACACAAUGUAAUAAACGAUAAAAGAACUGUAAGCAGUAUCUGAUUAGAAUAUGAUGAUUGGUAAAUUGUAUCAUCAUCUCAUGAUUGCCAGAUGGCAUGAAGCACAAACUAAUCAGAAGUAUGAAAAGGUUUUGGAUGAGUUAAGAAAACUCAAAUUACAAUCUGAGUCAUAUGAUACUACAAUUCUUAAACAAUCACAAGAAAUUAUUUAAUAAAAUACCAUAUUCUCAGAGCAAAUUAGAUCAUAUGAACAAUAAAUUACUGAGCUCAAAUUAAAAAUAUUGCCAACAGUCACUUUAUAAAGAGUUGAAGAAUAAGCAAAAAGAGUCAAAGAAUUAUCAGAUAUGAAAUAGGAGGUUGAAAGAUAAAAUAGAGAAUUGAGAGAUAGGUUCUAUGAAUUACAACUUAAGGCAGACUAUUUUGAUAAUUACAAGGAGAAGUUAGAUAAUCUAGAGAGAAAUUUAAGACAGAAUAAUCCUGAUGAAUUAAGUUAGUAAAUUAUAGCUGUAAGUUAAAAGUUAUCAGAAGAAAAAAUAGAAUUGCUUAGAGUCAAAAGGGAAAUGCAAGUGAGUGCUGAGAAACAAGAGUAUUUUUAAAGAUUAAAUAAACAAUACACUGACACAAUUAAGAAGUUAGAGUACGAAUUAGCACAUGCUGACUUGGAUUUGAGGAAAAGGGAAGAAGAUUGGAGGAAAAGGUUCUAUGAAUAAAGAAAAACCAUUUUUGCCUAAUUGGGACUCAUUGAAAAAGAUGAUAUGAAAGAAUAUACUUAGAAGAAUACAGAUGCAAGUAAGAUGUUGAUUGAUGCAAUUUAGAAAAAAUAGAAAGAGCAAAUGGAACAAUAAAAUUAACCUACUGAAUAAUAGUAAGUAGAAAUCACAUAAUAUUAGAAAAAAAUCUAAGAACUAGAGGCUUCAGUAAAGAAGAAAAAUAUUGAAAUUGAAGGAUAUAUAGAAAGAUAAAAGAUUGUUACAAGUGGCACCAUUGUAUUUCAAUAGUAAUAAUUGGAAGAUUAUACUAAGACAUUAUUAGCUUAAGAGGCUGAAAAGGUGUCUGUUGCUGGUUAAUAAAUGCUUAAGGCAAUGCAAGAAAUAAUUCAGGAUAAAGAUAGGGAAUUGGAUAGAAAGGAAUAAUAGUUAGAUGCUUUGAGGCAAGAGACGUUAUUACAUAAGAAAAAGGAUAUUGCAGAAAUCUAAAGAUUAACAGAUCUAUUGCAUAGAAGAGAUUAAGUAUAACAGGAAGCAAACAAAACAGGUAAUAGCAAUAAUUACAAUAAUUUUUCAUAUUUGUAAUAAAAUUAAAUGGCUGAAUUGCAACCAGUUUUAAUAGAAAAAUAUUAAUAAUAAUUAUAAGAAAAAGAUAGAAAAAUUAAAGAUCUUGAAUUAUCAUAUGAAGCAGAGAAAAGUGCUUUAAAGAAAAUGAAAGAGGAAUUAAUCAAAACUAUUGCCAUUAAAGAAUAAUUAGAAAUAGAAUUAGAUAAUGAAAAGAAAUUGAAUGAAAGCAUGUAAUAUGUGUAAAAGAUUGAAAAAUUAUAAAAUUUAGUUAAUGAAAAAAAUAACUAAUUGGUUACAUUAAAGAAAACUGUAGUUGCUUUAAAGGAAGAAUAAUAUAAGAUAGCUGGAGAAUCUAUAGACAAGGAGCAAAUUUACAAAACUAAAGAAUCUAAAUUAAAUAAUAAUUCAACAGAACUUGAAACCAGAUUAACCAAAAUGGUUAAUGAUAUGAAAUUACUAAAAGAGGAAAUUAAAGAUAAACAGAAAAAGUUAGAACAACUUCAAGAGAAGGAAAUUUAACAUAGAGCACAAAUGACGGAUUUACAAAAGAAAAACUCAGAACUCAAGGCUAUCAUCUAAGCUGGAGGUGGUAAAUUAGAAGAAUAAGAUCAAACUGUUUCUAACAUCCAAGCUAAACUUCAGUAAUUUAACUAAAUAUAGAUGGAGAAAGUGCAAUUGGAGAGAGAAAUUCAAUUUUUGAAGUAACAAGGAGGAACAAGAGAAUUAUUUGAUAAAGAUGCUACAUUAAAGCCACCUACAGGUUUAUAUUUUAAAACAUUCGCAGAGUUGUUGGAUACUCUCAAAUAAUAUCUGAUAACAAAACCAAAAUUUGAUUUGCUAUUUGAAUUUAAGAAAUUAGAUAAGUAGUUUACAUAAGUAUUGCCAAUGGGAAGGUUCUUUGAAGUAUUAUCUAGUGCUGGAGUAAAGUUGAAAACAAGUUUUAGAGAUCAAAAAUUAGUUAUAGACACAAUUAAGACAAAAGAUGAAAAUGCCGAUUAUUAUACUAAAUUUUAUUAUGUUUAUAAGGGUUGGUCUGAUAAUGUAGUUUAAACUGAUUAAGCUGAUAAGUAGUAAUAAUAACAAUAGCAAUAAAUAUAAUAAUAGCAAUCACAAAAAUUUAGUGCAAAAAGCAAAAAAUGA